GUAGAUUUCACCCACAACCUCUACAAUAGUACAUUAUUAUUGUGGGAACACUCUGUUUCCACACACACACACACACACACACACACACACACACACACACAUACACACACACCACACAGAUGCAUGCAGAUAGAGUCAGCUUAAUGUAAACACAUUUUCACAGACGCGAGGGAGGGAGCUAGAGAGAGAAAGCAAAGGAAGAGAGACCGAUGACAGCCAGCAGCCCCCAGCCUCCUCUCUGCUCCUGCUAUAGUUGGGUGCAAGGCAGCACUGACAGAGCUUGCUUGUCGUCUCCGAGACAGGAAAGAGGGAGAGUGGCGUGAGCUGCACAUGCAUUGCAGUCAGUCCGCUGGUUUGAGUCCAGUUUGAGCUUCUUACUCCACCCAGCACACUUCAUAUCUCAGUCGCUGGGAGCUUCUGCCAAAACAGGUCUCCCUGUGUACUCUAAAGCAGCGCAUGCAGCAGAGCAUGUUGUGACAGCCAUGUCUCUGGAGAUGGAGAAGACCAUCACCAAGCUGAUGUAUGACUUCCAGAGGAACUCUACAUCUGAUGAUGACUCUGGAUGUGCUCUGGAGGAAUAUGCCUGGGUUCCCCCCGGCCUGAGUCCAGAGCAGGUGCAUCAGUAUUACAACUCCUUACCUGAAGAGAAGGUCCCAUACAUGAACAGCGCUGGUGAGAAAUAUCGAAUCAAACAACUGCUUCAUCAGCUGCCACCACAUGACAAUGAGGUGCGUUAUUGUAACUCCUUGGAUGAGGAGGAGAAAAGAGAGCUGAAGUUGUUCAGCAACCAACGCAAGAAGGACAACUUGGGCAGAGGCAACGUCCGUCCUUUCCCACUGACCGUCAAUGGGGCCGUCUGUGAUAAGUGUGGCGGCCAGAUAAACGGAGGGGACAUUGUGGUGUUUGCGGCCAGGGCGGUUCAUGGAAAAUGGUGGCACCCUAAUUGCUUUGUGUGCUGCAUGUGCGAGGAAAUGUUGGUGGAUCUGAUCUACUUCUACCAGGAUGGCAAGCUCUACUGUGGCCGGCACCAUGCAGAGAGAAUGAAACCCCGCUGCUGUGCAUGUGAUGAGAUCAUCUUUGCUGAUGAGUGCACGGAGGCGGAGGGCAGACACUGGCACAUGAAGCACUUCUGUUGCUACGAGUGCGAGACCACCCUCGGUGGACAGCGCUACAUCAUGAAGGACGGACGUCCACAUUGUUGCAACUGCUUUGAGUCCCUUUAUGCAGAGUACUGUGAUGCAUGCGGAGAACAUAUAGGUAUCGACCAAGGCCAAAUGACGUAUGAUGGACAGCACUGGCACGCAACUGAAGAAUGUUUUUGUUGUGCCCAUUGCAAACGUUCUCUGCUUGGCCGUCCCUUCCUACCAAAGCAGGGACAGAUCUUCUGCUCACGCUCCUGCAGCGCUGGACAGGAUCCAAAUGAGUCAGAUUCCUCAGACUCAGCUUUCCAGAGUGCCCGCUCCCGUGAGUCCCGCCACAGCACUAAGAUUGGUAAAAAGGAGCGCAGGAGCGCCGAGCAGGAACGAAAGAGUGCAGAAGCCCGCCAGUCCACUGCUCCCCCCAAGCCUGACCGUCUGUCGGCUGAAAUUGAUCCCCUGUCAGUUCAGAUGGACCGUUUAAGCGUAUCAGCCAGCCAGACCCCAAGCAGGACACCGAACCGCACCCCCAGCCGUACUCCCAGUCGCACACCAAGUCGCGCUCCAAGUCUAAACCAGGUGUGGAUGAGUCGAGAUGACCCUUACGUCGCUGCUGCUUUUGAGGGCCCCCAGCGGGAAUCCUCUCCCACCCCUCCAUCUAUUCAUCUUUUGGGUCAGUGUAAUGCCAGACAGGGCUACAAUCCCAACGGAAAUGUUCAUCCUUCAGCCCAAAGUCCUGCCAACCCAGGAAAGAGGCCAGAUUCCUGGGGAAAAGAACAAGGCAAUGUUAAGAGAACACCGAUGGCUGCCCUGAGGGGUCACUCCUUCAACGAAAACUGGAUGCACCAUAGCCAGGAUGAGUUCCGGCCCAACAAGUUACGUACCCAGAUGAGCUUCAAUGAGAUGUCAAGUCAGAACCAAGGAUUCUCUGACAAGAGGAGCAUUAGUAUGCAUGGAUUUCAGAGAGACAGGAGGCCUCCUCUCACCAGGAGGAACCCCAUCAAUGCCAUGAGCUUCAACGAGCCGCUGACUCCACUAGAGCAGACACCUCGUGGCUCUAUGGACUCUCUCACCGUGUCAAAUGCUAUGGCAGGCAAUUCCCUGGAUGGGGUCAGCAAGCGUCAGGAGCAUUUGUCCAGGUUCUCCAUGCCUGACUUGAGCAAGGAUUCAGGUGUAAAUGUGUCUGAAAAGAGCAACAUGGGAACACUCAGUUCUUCAGUCCAGUUCCAUAGCACAGAGUCUCUGUCCUCUUCUCGCCCCUUUAACAACAACAUGUACACCCCACACAGAGUGGGCUAUCCACUGCAGUACUGGGAUGGCCCGCAGCCACUGAGUUUUGAUGGCAAAGCUCGUGCUGGUGUGAUGGGCAGCAGCGGGAACUUGCGGAUGGCUCCCAUGAGUGAUAGAAUGCCCCGUCGGCAGGAACUUGUUUCCCAGAAACAACAGCCUCAACCGAGACAUCGCAAACACCAUCGUGGAAAUGGGCAACAUCGCAGCACCCGCCACCACAAACGCUCCCGUCGUUCUCGCUCCGAUAACGCCCUGCAUCUGGUCGCUGACCGCCCUACUCAAAUGGCGGAGCUGCCGUUCCAUCGUGUCCAAGAGGAUUACGAUCGCUUCCCCUCUGGUCAAGCUGCCAGGGAGUUGUUUGGUCAGGAUCCAGGCGGACACCGACAGCAACCCCACCGGCCUUGUCCUCGCACCACAUCUGAUCUCACCCUACAAAAUGCUGGCUGGCAGCCUGCUGGGGUGGGUGGGCCAUGUUGGGGUGAUGGGUACAUGGAAGCGGCCGACCCAUGGUGCUCCAGCUGUUCCUCUUCUUCUGAAUCGGAGGAAAAUGAGGGUUACUUCAUGGGUGAACCUAUCCCUCGACCUGUGCAGCUGUGCUACAUCAACAACGAGGAGCUACGUCAUCGUUACAGCCCCUCGGGAAUGGCUGGACAUCCUGGACCUCUGCACAGACCCAUUCAUGGUCAGCUGCACGCUCGCCAGAGGAGGAAGAGCAAGAACUGCAUAAUUUCAUAAAUAUAGAAAUAAAUAAUGGUGGGGGUGGGUAGAAGAGUGAAGGAGAGCCAGGUAAGGAGAUAACAUAAGCAUAAGAGAGGAGAAGCAAAGAGAGUGGGAAGUAGAGUGUGUGAUAGUGUCAGAUAAUAGUGUGUGUUGGGGUGGACCAAAAGAGACAUUGGGCCUAUGUUUCAUGCUGUGAGGUUACACAACUCGAGUUGUGUUUGUGUACACCUACACACAAUGAUCUGACUACAGGAGGAAGAAGCUGGGUUGUCUUACACAAUAGAAAACAAAAGCAAUGUUUACAAGGAUGGACACCAACCUGCUGAUGGUACACAGAAAAGCACUGCUGAAAGUGACACAACUAAAAAUUCAUGUGGUCAAGGUAAAUACCAAGAUGUUAGUGCAUGUCCGUGUGUGUGUCCAUGUUCCAUGGAGAUUGAACGAUUCUGUCCAAAAAGGAGCUCCAGUGGUGUCAGAGGUCUACGGCUUUGACAUCACACGUAUCAGUGCGGACAGUCCAGAAGUUGUCGGGAUAGAGAAAGCUACGUGCUAGAUUCCAAGCUGUAUCGCUGUUUUACCUCAGUGGAAUCCAAAUGCUGCUGGAAUAUAGUGUUGGCUUGCUAGCCCUGUUGGCACCUUGUACAAAUAGUCUGUUGAACCUUGUGCUUUACAUAGCCAACUUCUCAUGCUUUACCAAGGACAGAGAGUAGGAGCCUCUGCUCCUUGACCAUUCAGGCACAGUAACGUAAGGUAUGGUCCCGUUUUCUCUUCUGCAACAUGCUUUGUUUUUUGAUGACAUCUUAAUAGACACAUAUGAGUAUAAUCCUAUCAAUAGAGAAUUAAUAACGCAAUAAUGCAAAUAAUAAUCAUAUUGAAAUAUAAAGAUAAUAUCUAUUAAAAGUAUAUAUAAUAAUACAUAUUAAAGCAAUGGAUUUAGUAGUAUGCAAAUGUCAUGUACAUAUGGUCUUAAAUAUCUAUAUAUUUUGUAACUAAAGAAUCAUUAUUUGUAAAAUACAUGUAGAGAUAGGGAUUCUUGCAUGUCAUUUGUUGUUGUCACAUAAUUAAAAAAUAAAAUGUACUUAUAUGAACAACCAGUAACUGAACGUGUGUUAGUCAUGACUCACCUCGGACCAUCAAUGAAAAUCAAUAAGGUUCUCUGACAUAUAUCAAUGUGAAAUGUGUAUUGAUUUGACCUUUGGCUAAAUCAUCUUGUCAUCAGUUAAAAUCAAAAGUGAUCUUGCUGCUUUAAUUUUGAGAAGUAUUCAUUAAAAUGUGUAACUUUUCCCUCUCUUUUUAAGUAGGUAAUUUGUUAAGUUAUUGUACAACUGACUGAUGUGCAAAAAACAUUCCCUUCUCAUUUUCACACACAAUGUCAAACAUUGUAACAUUGUAUAGAAGGGUUCUGAUUUUUCUACAUUUCCGACAAUGCAGUGCCGUUGGCCAUAUUAGAAGGCUUCAUUUGUAUCACGCCCUUUUGUUGCUGAUCAUUCAACGAGUGAUACUAAAAAUGCAGAGGAUGUGUGCGAUUGUCAACUGCACCAAUCGAGUAGGGAGAGAUAUUACUAGCUUUUAUCACAUUCCUAAGCGUAUUUCUGGACAGACGAAAGCGGCUGAAAAGAAGAGUUAACGGUUAAGGCCAGCAUGGGUUGCUGCAAUCAACCGAGAUGUGACGUGCUGACGACUUUGUGUUUGUUAGGAUCAUUUCAGGUAAUUAAGAAAAAAAUGUAAGUAAAAAAUUAAUCCAAAAUAAAUAACAGACCCAUUUUGUAUUGACUUGAUGUGCUUGGUCGACGAACUUUGAUAAUAAUUGCAUUGAUACAAAUGGUACUCUUCUUAUCUGGACUAUAGUCUCCACAUAAAACAAAAGUGAAGCUACAUGAGAACAAAGUUCUCCCAAUCCUGCCCUACAGUCAAUGUGCUGAGAUGACCUUAGAUUAGUUAUCCAUGAUUAUCCCGCAUGUCGAACUUGGGUCGUAUCAUUUCUGAGAGUGCAUUACUCUCGGCUGGCUUGAUGACAUGAU